CGCACGCGACCCUAUUGUGUUGCCUUGUUGACCAGCGCCCUUUCGAAUGCAAUUAAUAACACCUUAUAGGGUUUAAAUUGACGGGCCGGGCGAGGGGGACUGACAGUCUAAACCCCCGGCACCGGAUCUGUUGGCUCGCGGUCGAACGAUUGCUGCGGGGCGAGAUUAACACCGAGAAUCUUUUCCUACUGUUGUGCGGGAGCGCGCACGCCGCCAGGCACCGCCCGGGGCUACACGGCGCGCACGACGGCGGGGAGUAUUUCAGUUUGCUCGCCGGAGACUUGGCAUGUAUUUUGGUGUUGACAGCGGAUUGAACCAACUUGCCGGCAUGUUUGUGAACGGGCGCCCUCUACCGGAGACGAUGCGACACCGUAUAGUCGAGAUGGCUCAUUGCGGUGCGCGACCCUGCGACAUCUCCAGGCAACUGCUGGUGUCCCACGGCUGUGUGAAUAAGAUUCUAGGUCGAUUCCUCGAGACCGGCUCUGUUCGGCCGGGGACUAUCGGUGGGAGUAAACCCAAAGUGGCCACGCCCACCGUGGUGGAGAAGAUUGAACGCUACAAGCAGGAGAACCCGACCAUCUUUGCCUGGGAGAUCAGAGACAAACUCAUCUCAGAAGGUGUCUGCACGACUUCGACGGUGCCCAGCGUGAGCUCCAUCAACCGCAUACUGCGCAAUCGCGCCGCCGAGCGCGCAGCCGCAGAGUACGCCAGGGCCACUGAACAGGCAUAUCUGAGUGACUACGCCAGUGCCUGGACGCACUACGCGUCGCCCUACGGCAUUGGCCCCGGCAUGAGGAUAGACGGGCGACUGGAUCCCAGGCAGACGUUGAGGGCGUGCUGCUCUGGUUUCCUGUGUGGGUCGCCAUAUGGAACAUACCAUCCGAGUAUCCUACCAUCUUCCAACUCGCCGUCACCUUUGCCGACCGAGGGCCAGAGCGACGCUCCCUUCUCUGCCUCCUCGUCCUCGGCCAGUCCCCGGGCCCGCUCUCCAUCGCCUUCCGCUACUCCCGUCUCUUCCUCGGAGAACCUUGCGUACCAGGCCCAGCUUGAUCCUUCGCCGUACAGGGACCCGAUCAGCGAGGAGCAAAGACGCAAACUCCGGCGGAGCAGGACCACUUUUACCCCCGAACAGAUCCAGAUUCUAGAAAAAGAAUUCGAGAAGUCUCACUACCCCUGCGUCUCCACGAGAGAAGACCUAGCAAACAAGACCACGCUCUCCGAAGCUCGGGUACAGGUUUGGUUUUCCAACCGUCGGGCAAAAUGGCGGCGCCACAAGAAGAUCGGCAGUCUGCCUUCACAUCCGGGGCCUUUGCUGUCCCAUCCUUCCCACAAUGCCCUGUACUCUACGUCAGUGGCCCUGCCGCGCGCGUACAAGGCGGUGGAGCUAGAGGGCGGCAAGGUCACGCUCAGACCCUCCAUCUCGUCGGCCUUCACGCCUCUCAGUCUGGCUAAAGCCACGCCCUCGUCCGCCUCGUCUAGUGGCUUGCAUUAGACCACAGCAGAGGGCGCCCCGCAGCCCUUGAGCAUGUCGCGAGGGCUUGUUUAAUUUUUUUCUUUUACCUGGCAAGUAUCAAAGGAAGUGACGCUCAUAUCAGUGGGCAGAUUUGUAAUGAAUUCCCAACAAGGUACAAGACAUUCAUUCUCAAGUAGAAAAAUCCUCAUGAAUCUAAUUAUGAUCUGUGAUAAAGGGAUUUCUUUGUUAUUUUUCAUUUCAUCCUGGCUACUUGCCUACUUGUGACUUUACAUGAUGUGAUUGACUUGUGGUUUGAUUAGUGAUGGACCCCACUAUAUAACUUUGUCAAUAGUUAGACAUACAUGUUGACAGAUGUGGACUAGUCCAUAAUAUUCAAAGCUUUUUAAAAUUUCCUUUUAAUGCACCACUGAAUUGCUAUUGUAUAGGCAUUUGCGGCAGUCAAGAGAUUGUUUCCAUGGCAUGGCCCUCGUGUGUAGUAGACAACCGCAUUUAGGGAUGUAGUCAAAUCUCAAGUCCAUCACAAGUCCAGUCUCAAAAUCGCAAGUGCCCUCUCAAGUAAAGCACAAUUCCACAGUACACACGUCCGGUAAUAAGUAACAGUUGAUGAACAAAGGAAUGCCUUUGUCAAAGCUCAUCAAUAUAAUAGCUCGUGAGUUGAAUUGAGACUGGAGGACUUGCGAUGGACUUGCAGGAACUUGCAGGAAGCUGUGUGAUGAACUCGACUUUAGCACUCAUUUUGUUCUAAAGAAGAUGCCUUCUUACAUCUAUUGCUUACACAGUCACUUGUCUAUGAAGGGAAUGUGUAGCCUUGUAGGCCAAGUUCGGGCGGUCUGCUCUCGACGCGGUAUUGUUCUUGCAAAACCCUGACGGAUAGGUGGUGUGUGAUCCUGUUCUGAGUGCAGUGUUCGUGGGUAGUGUUCCCGCCGUUUGAGCGCGAGAACAAUAUACCCGUGUCAAGAGCAGACCGCCCAGACUCGGCCAGAGUGUACAUAAACAAUAUUUUGAACGCAUGAGGGCGCCACCAAUGGUCCGUUUUAAGGUACACAGCUUCACUUGCAAGUUUGCUGAGAUUUACAUUGGCUUUUCAACAGUCCUCAUUCUUGGUAAUGAAGGAGAUUUAAAUUUGCCGAUGUAAAGCUACUUCAAAAAUGGCGGAGUUGGGCCUGUUGUUACCUCAAAAGAUGUUCUUGCAGCGCCCUCACACGUCAAAAUAUAUCAUUUGUUUGAAUGUUUCCCUUCAAUGUGAGUUAAUUGUAAAAUCACAAUAGGACAAAAUGCAAAAAAAAAUAAAUACACGUGUACUGCAAAUCACACAAUCUUCUAUUUAGCAGGCAAACUGGGCUGCUUUACAAAGUCAUACAUUAUAAAUAAUUCACUUUGUCUAAACAAAUGCAUUGCCUCACACUUAGGCCUAAAAAGAAAAUAUUAAACCGAACGCGCAGUGCCGCUAUUUGUAAAAUACUAGCAGCAGUAAGAUUAAACUAUUACUUUUUUUAAUUUAUGAUUCGGUACUGACAACCAAAGUUUUAAAGAACAAAACUUGAUUUACUAAAUUUAAAACAAAUAUAUUAUUUUAAAAGGUACUCUUUAUUAUAUGAUACUUUAAUCAGACGCACGCAUAACCAAUAUUGAAUAGAACAGUUUAUUUUGACCAGGAAACAAUACGGUCACGUGAUCAAGUUAUAAUUGUGUAAGUGACGUUUGAAAUAAUUGAAAUAACUUUGGGUUGAGGCCGCUCAUGAAAGAUAUUCUAUAUUUCACUGUUUGUUCAGUGCUUUCUUGUAGCUUAUGAGUGACAACAUCUCAGUUUUAACGACACUUUCAUGCUUGCUAGUGCUUAUCCAUUCGUCUACCGCAAGCAGACGUGAAAUCUUCAAGAAAGCUAGUUCAGGAUACAUGAAACCAACUCCAUUAUACGUAACGAAAUUCAUCAUGACUAGUCAUAUUCGUUGUUACUGGACCUUAAUAUCCAGAUUUAGUACGUUUAACUACAUUGUAAAAAAAAUGGCUUUAGGCUAUCAGCUUCGGUCCAAAAAUUGGGCCUCCGGUAUCAA